AUGGCUGCAUCACCUCCUUCUCCCCGAUUACAACCGACAUACCGGUCGACGAGGUCGCUUGGCGGCUCCGAAGCCACUUCUCCAAGUCGCAUCAAAAUUCGGGACUUGUCGCAUAUCCGGAGUUUCGCCAGCGAAGAGUAUCUGGCCCGACCUCGGAUGGGAGCUCGUUCGUCCAGCUCUUUCUCAGACCCGGGAAGACAAUACGAGAUCAGCUCGAUGCCAGUUACGGACAUUAUCGAAAUGGUGGCCGGACUCUUGACGAAAAUCACCACCACAAACGACCGACAACACGAGCAUCACCGACCAAUGCCACUUACAGAAGAACAAAGUCAUUUAAACCCCCACGCAUCUUGCGUGUUGGCCUUCCAUGGACGAAACGUCCCGGGAAUAACGAUCCUGAGUUAUCUGAGUCGGAUUCAUAGGUACUGUCCGACCACAUAUGAGGUGUUUCUGAGCCUGUUGGUAUAUUUCGACCGAAUGACAGAGAUGGUCAAUCGAGGCCUUCUCGAGCAGGGCCAGUACCGUAGCGAUGGUUCGCCUGCAACUGCUCCUCAAGCAUCCACACCCACACCCCGUUCUCCAAUGCCCAUGCACGUGGACAGUCCGCACGAACAUCAGGAUGUCAGCGGUGGAUCAUCGUCGGAACCGCCAUCUCCGCAGGCUUCGUCCAGUGCCCCGGCCUCUAGGACACCUGGAGAUCUGUCACAAUUUUUUGUUGUUGACAGUUACAAUAUUCAUCGGCUUAUCAUUGCUGGUGUUACUUGUGCCAGCAAGUUCUUUUCGGACGUCUUCUACACCAACUCCAGAUAUGCCAAGGUCGGGGGUCUUCCACUUGCCGAGCUCAAUAACCUCGAGCUCCAAUUUUUGCUCCUCAAUGACUUCAGACUAUCUGUGCCAGUAGAAGAACUGGAAGCCUACGGCACGAUGCUUGUCGAGUUCUAUGCCCGCGAACUAGUGGCGCAGCAACAACAACAACAACAGUCUGCUCAUGCAGGCUCGUCGCCUCAAUCGAACGAUGGAAUCUACAUGGAACCAGGGUCGUCGAAGGCAACGGGACAACCAUCUUAA